CAAAAUUAAAAAAAAUCUAAUUUUACUUAACUAGCUCCUAAUGUGAUGCAAUUGAAGAUAAUUUUUCUUUAUUUGAAAUGUUAUCUUCAUCAGGUUAAUAGAGUGGUUGUUGCAGAAACGUGAAUGUGCUCUGUUGUUGACAAUAAAAAAAUUGAUAUUGAUAAUGGCUUCUAGAACGAUUUUAAUAAGGAAGAGAUUUAUUUCUGAUUACCUGAAUGGCUUUUCAUUCUCAGUCCAGACCUCACUGUGUCAUGGCCAUCCUACUCAUAAGUUGAAAUCAUGUAGUUUUGAAGAUUUUAAUCGUGUAAAAAAAUCAGAUGUAAAUUCUCUUACCAAACAGGAUUUAGUAGGUUUUUUGGGGUUAGAAUUCUCUAGAUGCUCAGUUUUGUGUCCUGGAAGUGCAAGAUUUCAAUUCAAUUCUCCAUUAAGUGUCAUGUCAUAUUCUGUUCGUCAUUCUUCGACGGCUACUGCUAAGCAACCCGAACGAGAUAAUGAGGGAAAUGAAGAAUUGGUCUCUAAAAAGAGAAAGGAAGCAUCUGCAGAAGAAUGUGAUCAAGCUGUUGAAGGUUUGAGUACCGUUAAAGCCAAAGUGAAAGCCAAACAGUUAAAAGAUUUUCAAAAGGUUGCCAAAUCCAUUUUGCAAAAAAUAUGGGUUACAACAAUUGGGAUUGGUCCUUCUUUAAGAGCUGUAGCUUAUAUGAGCAGGGAGGAUUGGGCAAAGAAACUUGUUCAUUGGAAACACGAAAUUCGUUCUACUUUGCAACAUUAUUGGUUGGGUUUUAAGCUACUUGGGGUUGAUGUGAGGAUCAGCUCAAGAUUGCUGCUAAAGCUUGCGGGUGGUAGAAGUUUAUCUAGAAGGGAGAGGCAACAGCUGACUCGAACUACUGCUGAUAUCUUUAGGCUAGUCCCAUUUGCAGUUUUUAUCAUAGUCCCAUUCAUGGAAUUUCUUCUGCCUGUUUUUCUAAAACUGUUCCCCAACAUGUUGCCAUCGACUUUUCAAGACAAGAUGAAAGAGCAGGAAGCACUGAAAAGGAGGCUUCAUGCAAGAAUAGAAUAUGCCAAGUUUCUUCAGGAUACAGUCAAAGAAAUGGCAAAGGAGGUUCAAAAUUCUAGGAGUGAAGAAAUUAAGCAGACUGCUGAAGAUCUUGAUGAAUUUUUGAACAGGGUCAGAAGGGGUGCCGUUGUAUCCAAUGAUGAGAUUCUUGGCUUUGCCAAGCUGUUUAAUGAUGAACUCACUCUGGAUAAUAUCAGCAGGCCCCGAUUGGUAAAUAUGUGCAAAUAUAUGGGAAUCAGCCCUUUUGGAACAGAUGCAUAUUUGCGUUAUAUGCUUCGGAAGAGACUCCGAUGGAUUAAGAAGGAUGACAAGUUGAUUCAAGUGGAGGGCGUGGAGUCCCUAUCAGAAGCUGAACUUCGUGAAGAUUGUAGGAAGCGAGGCAUGCUUGGAGUGCUCUCAGUAGAAGAAUUGCGUCAACAGCUUCGGGAUUGGCUGGAUUUGUCUCUCAAUCACUCAGUCCCAUCUUCCCUUUUGAUCCUUUCCAGGGCCUUCAUUGUAUCAGGAAAGCUGAAGCCAGAAGAUGUUGUUCGAGCUACCCUUUCUUCUCUACCUGAUGAAGUUGUGGAUACCGUUGGUGUUACAGCUUUACCAUCUGAAGAUUCUGUUUCAGAAAGGAGAAGGAAGCUGGAGUACCUUGAGAUGCAGGAAGAACUGAUCAAGGAGGAGAAAGAGAAAGAAGAAGAAGAGCUGGCAAGGGUGAAGGAAUCUAAAGCUAGUGAAGAGGAUGUGGCAUUGAAAGAGAUGACUAUCCCAACGGCUAGAGAAGCACAAGAACAGGCUAUAGCAAGAACAUUGGAAAAGCAAGAGCAGCUUUGUGAACUCAGUCGUGCAUUGGCUGUUUUAGCUUCAGCAUCUUCUGUGAGCCGAGAGCGUGAAGCGUUCCUGGGUCUUGUCAAUAAGGAGAUAGAACUUUAUAAUAGCAUGGUAGAGAAAGAGGGUGUAGAUGGUGAAAAGGAUGCCAUUAAGGCAUAUAGAGCUACAAGAGAGGAAGGUGACCAUUCUAGUGAAGCGUCUGAAAGUGAUGAGGUUUCUUUGGCACUUACUGAAAAGGUUGAUGCCAUGCUCCAAAAUCUUGAGAAGGAAAUUGAUGAUGUAGAUACAAAAAUUGGUGAUCGUUGGCGAUUACUUGACAGAGAUUAUGAUGGGAAAGUCACUCCUGAGGAGGUGGCUGCCGCUGCUAUAUACUUGAAGGAUACACUUGGCAAGGCGGGUGUGCAAGAGCUCAUCAGCAAUCUUUCCAAAGAUACAGGUCAGCUAAAACAAUUUUCCUUCUUCAUGGUCAAUCACUUGAUUUAUUUGUUCACAAGACGGACUAUAUGCUCUCAUCGUUUCAAUUUAAUAGAUGGUAAAAUUCUCGUGGAAGACAUUGUCAAAUUGGGCAGUCAGACAGAAGAUGACAAUAGUACCGAGGAGGCGAGAAUACAGAGAUUAUAGUCUUUUUUCGACUUUCAUUUAAUUUUUUAUUUCUCCUUAAUACAUUUUGUAGUUAGCAUUCUAGUUGGUCCAAUGCAUCUCUUGGCACAAUCUUUGACAUUGUUCAAAUGUUUAUAAAUAAAGAUG